GUCGCCUUUUGAACUUUUAUGAACUGACAGCGGAAAUAUACUUCGUGAAGGUUAUUUUCCAUCAGUAAAAAAAAAGCCAAGUAUUCUGAGAAGAAUACUUUAAGAAUGCUCUGAGCUUCAGGGACUCUUAUCAAGUUACUCACUAAGAAAUUCUGCGGCCAUGGUAUGAUUUGCAUAUCCAGUUAUAAAAAAUGGGCUAUUAUAUUUUCCCCUUGGUGUCGUCGGUCUUGUCAUUGAUCCUUUUGUUGGGUCAAUCAGUUUCAGGGAACGAUGACUCGAUGCGGAUCUGUUAUCGGGUGAAUGGUCAGCCUAUGACUUGUGCUGCCAACACCAUGUGCUUCACAGCCUACGAGGAUUUCCGCAGAGCUGGCAAUGUGGUGGCCAAGGGAUGUAUGACUUACUUGUCGCCCGGGUGCGUGAAUUGCCCACAGAGUCUCAUGAAGCACUUCCCCACUGGCAACAAUGGGCCCGAGAAGCUGCCCAAGCUCUGCUGUUAUUGCGACUUUGACGGCUGCAACGCCGAGGGCAUCAAGUUCAGCAGCUCAAUAGCUGCUGGAUUAUGGGCAUCAUCUCCCGUGGCUGGUUUAAUUAUCCCGCCAUUCCCUUUUAAUCCUUCCUCGUCCGCUUUCCGACUUUCUGCUGAGGAGAGGCAGGACAUAAAUAUGUUGUUUCCGCUCUAA